UCCCUUUUGCUUUCUCAAGUGGUUUGUGUUUCAGACAGCUCUGGCCUGGAACCACUGGCCGGUCGUUACUUUCCGGCGGUUGUUAUUUUCUCAGGAAACAAACAGAUUUUUGUUCUUUCUUUCUUUCUUUCUGAAAUCUAGCGACUGUUUCUUCUUCUUCUUCUUCCCCGAUAUCUCGGAAGAAGGCCUUGUUUUCCCCCCGUUUUUGUCCCUCACCGUAACCGGAAAAAGAAAAAAAAACUCCUCGCAGAAAACGGAGUCGUUUCGUGGCAGUGCAGUACUGUGGAUUGGAAGGAAGUUAUUUCUGUUCUAGGAAUGAGCAUCUAAACCGUGCAAAAAGGGGAAAAAAUUUCAAAGAUUCGAAGUUCAUAACGAUGGAAGAGAGAGAAGCCAUAAGUGGGGGAGUAACAGUGAUAGGAGCCGAAGCCCCGUCGGCUUAUCACGUGGCUCCGAGAACCGAUAACCCGGCGCCGGCUGCCGGCGGCGGUUCGCCCACCGUCGCCGCCUCGCCGGUCAGCGUGGGGCUACCCGGGAGUGGGACCACGGGGAAAAAGAAGCGGGGGAGACCAAGAAAAUACGGACCAGAUGGAACGGUCACCAUGGCAUUGUCGCCAUUGCCGCUUUCUUCCUCAGCUCCGGCGGCCGGCGGCUUCUCCAUCACCAAGCGGGGGAAGGGCCGGCUCGGCGGCUCCGAGUACAAGCACCACAAGAAAAUGGGAAUGGAAUAUAUAGGUGAAUGGAAUGCGUGUGCUGUUGGUAUGAAUUUUAUGCCCCAUAUCAUCACGGUCAAUGCUGGCGAGGAUGUCACUAUGAAGAUCAUAUCAUUUUCCCAACAAGGUCCUCGAGCCAUCUGCAUUCUUUCUGCUAAUGGAGUAAUUUCUAAUGUCACACUUAGGCAGCCCGAUUCUUCGGGCGGUACUUUAACGUACGAGGGUCGUUUCGAGAUACUUUCCUUGUCCGGAUCAUUCAUGCCUACUGAAAAUCAAGGAACGAGAAGCAGGUCAGGUGGGAUGAGCGUCUCCCUGGCAAGCCCCGAUGGUCGUGUCGUCGGGGGAGGGGUAGCUGGUUUACUCGUAGCAGCAGGCCCUGUUCAGGUUGUGAUAGGGAGUUUUCUACCAACUAGCCAACAGGAGCAUAAGGUAAAGAAACAGAAGCCUGAUACGGUACCAGCUACAGCACCUGUUGCAGUCCCAAGCACGACACCAGCCACCACUGCACCGACUUCCAAUGCCGAUACAGAUGACAGUAUGAACGGAAACGGGCUGCAAAAUACCAGCUCCCUCAAACCAGCUACUUUCGCUUCUUCGACUUUCCAAAGAGACAACUGGGGUGCGAACUCUGCUGUUCAUUCCUUGCAGGAGCCGAGAAAUUCCGCAACCGACAUCAAUAUAUCGCUACCGGGCUAAUCUAAUUAGUUGCUUACCAAAGAAUGCAUCAGAUAAUCUCCUGCUGACCAACAUUGAUCUGAUCUGAUUUGAUCUAGGCUUCUUUCUGAUUGCUCUUACCAAAAUUACCAUUUGAAAUUUGACUAUGAGAUCCAUCACCACAGGCAGAAUUAGGGGAAGUUUUUCGUUAUCAACUUUCCAUUGUUAGAUUCACAAAUUUUUCUUAAUCAUGAUUAAUUAGGACAUGUCUGAUUUAGUUUGGAUUUUCUGCUGUACCUGUUAUUAGGAUGUUGAUGUUGGAUGUAAUGAAUGAAUGACCUCUGGGUUUUUGAAUUUUUUUGUUUUGUUUUGAUUAUGCUGUCUGAAGUUAAUGCUGCAGAUUUUGUCUGGAAA